CAUGUCAAGUCUAAACCAAACAGACAAAUUGAAACGGAAGGAGUGAAGCAGUCAACAAAAUGUCUAAUACAUCCAACCCUCUCAAGAGCUGAGUUGUCUCCAACCUAAUUCCCCCUGCCUCUUCUAACUUUCCCCCUUUAUACAAUACUCCUCCUCCACUCUCUAAAAUAUUCUAAACAACACUUGAAAGUUACAACCUAAAUCUUUUACCUUAAAAAAUGCAACCGGGACAAAAUCAGCCAGGUAGGUUUAUGUACUACCAAUGCAUCCCUUGUGAAAAACUCUUCCCUUCAAGCCAAGCUAUAGCUGGCCAUUCGAAAAGACACUUCAAGAAUGGUUGGGUUAAAGGAACUUGUCAUAGAAAGGUGUUUUUGCAGGAGGGUUCUACGGCCGAUUCAUCAAUUCCUUGGCACCACCAACAACAACAACAGGUUUGCUCUGCGGUGGCAUUUGAUACUGAAUCGACAAAUGUCCAACAUUUGUCAAAAGGUAAUCAUGGCCAAAAUUUUGAAAACCCGGUGGCACGGCCCCCAUCAUCUCCAGCUUCGUCAUCAGCCUAUCGUAGGCAUCGCUUGGGGGUUCGGGACCAUAAGAUUCUUGCUAGGCUCAAGGGUCGUCUUACCAAAGAGGAGGAUGAUACCAUCAUGCGGCUUGUUGAGAUUGCUAGGAAACAGGCCAAAGAAUCAAGCAAGAAGAGCAUUGAGAUGGAGGUGAUCCCGAACAAGGAUUCAGAUGCAGCACCCGUGAUUAGAAUUGACAACAAAGAUGUUAUCAUCGUUGAGGACUCGGAUGAUGAGUCCAACAAUAUUCGAUCAUGAUAUGGCUAAAGCUAUGAUAUAGUUUCUUGGGUUUUUUUUUUCUUACUAAAGAUUUUGAAAAGUUUUAUUUUCAUCCCAAGACAUUAUCAUAGUUAAAUAUGAUUUUGAAAUAUUAUUAUCGAAUUAUUAGUGAAGUGUUUUAUGGACAGUCUUGUGGUUUUUUAGACGAUCAUCCAGGAGUACUCAUGUUAAGCAAGGCGCACACCUUAUACCCUAUGUUAUUUGUGAUCUCUGUUGAAGCAUUGUUUAGGAGCCCUUGAUUCCAGUGUAUCAUAUAAUAGAAUAUAAUUGUGCAUAUAUGUUCGGACAUACUAGCGAAUUGAAAGAAGGAGCAAAGAAGAUUUUUUUUAUAUCAAAUAUUGUGU